AUGGAGACUAGUCCUAUUCAUCAGACAUGUUGGGUGGAGAAGGACCAAGACGGCGCAAAUUACACCUACUACUGGCUAGGUCCGGACCAACGAAGAAUUGCUGAUGGUAGCAAUCUGACCGUGGAUUACGCUUUGCGCUCUCGCCAUUCAGGAGCCUACACGUGUGUCGCUAAGUCCAUGCAGGCUGCACAUCGCGAUCUAGAGGGCACCAUCUUCGUUAUUGUUUCGCGUAAGUCUCACUUACAUCGCAUUAGCAAAAGUUUCCUAUAA